AUGUCAGAUUCAGAAGAUUCUUUCGAUUUCGAUAGUUCUUUUCCCCCAACAUCUCCACUGCAAGCAGUCAUGCGGCCCACCCAAUAUGUACGAGACCUCAUUUGGAACAAGUUUUUAAAGUUCAAAACCAGAUACCCGCACAAGGAUAUCUUUAAGCAUCCAGAAGUUACUGAGGAUCCGUUAAAAGCCUUCGUUAUGUGGUAUGCUACGCAAAGUAGGGAGAUAUCUCCGACGACGCUAGCCCAUUAUGUAUGGCCGUUGAGGCAGGAGUGUAUUGUCCGAACAGGGCAGGUCAUAGAUCGAGAUUUAACUGACAGAGUAAGAGCAUGUCUUGAUCUCCAGCUUGUCCGAGACCCGAAUAGCGAUAUCCCCGAUAAACCCCUGGCUACAUUAACUAUCCAGUUCAACUAUUUGAAAGGUGCUAGGGGAAGUGGAAAAUUCCUUAAACUUACGUUGAAGGAAGAUAGAGAGUUGCCAUCUGCGGUUCGAAAUGGUGGGGAGUCACGAGGCAAACGCCGUAAACCUACGAGAUCUGCCGCCUCGGAUUCUGAGUCUGAGGCCCCGAGCGUAGAACGGCUAAAAGGCGAAAGCCGGCAGAGGAUGUGGACAUGGGAUGAACGUACUCUCAUUGAGUACCUAGGUACGUAA